AUGUACCUGUUUUCUCUCAGUCUCUUCAUAUUUAUUUUUCUAUUUCUCUUAUUCAUAUCUGACUAUCUAUCUAUCUCUCUCUCUCUCUCUCUCUCUCUCUCUAUCUAUCUAUCUAUCACAGUCUGUUCAUAUCUAUCUAUCUAUCUAUCUAUCUAUUUUUCUAUAUAUUUUACCCUGAUUUCUUUUCGUUCUUUGUUUAAUUGUACCUCCCCUGCAAAAUUCUCUCCAUACCCAACGACAAUUAGAUUUCUUCUCUUAUUCUCUCCAUUUCUCAUUCUCUGUUUUCGUAUUUCAUUCUUUACUAUUUUUUUUUAUUUGGGAGCCACUCUCCAGUCUCUCUUUGAUGACUGUUUCCUCUCUCUUUUCAUUUAUUUACUGUAUUCUUUGUUUGUCUUUCUCUCUCUUUUUAUUUCAUCUUGCUUCCUUCCCUUUACAUAUUUUUCAAUGAAUUCUUCAGUCUUUCUCUCUGACACCAGUUUCUUUGUCUUCUUGCUUCUUUCUUCAUCCCAAUCACACAGUCUCUCUCUGUUUAAUUUUCUCUUACUUUUCAUCACUUUUCCUUCUUCCCAAUGUCUUAUUCAGUCUCUCUCUCUCUCUUCCCUAUCAUUUUCUCUCUGUCUUCUUGCUUCUUUCUUCAUCACCAAUCUCUUAUUCAGUCUCUCUCUCUCUUUUUCUCUUUUUUCUUCCUUUUUUUCUCUUGAUUUUCAGCCACUCUUUCAUUUUCAAUCUCUCCUUUUAAAUAUCUCCCCUAUGCAUAUAAUCUCUCUCCUCCACUUCUCUCUCUUUAAGUCUCACUCUCUUUUUUAUUCCCUCUCUCUGUAUUUCAAGCUUACUUUACGUCCAUUUUCAUUCCUCCACUUUAUUAAUCUCUUUAUCUCUGUUUCUUUCUCUUCAUCAUUUACAUUCUCAUCUUUUUUUCAUUCUCUUACUAAUUCUUUUUUAUUCAUCUCAUGA